CUUCGUUGCUGGACAAAUCUGCCACCAAACAAUAAUGCAUGGGAGGGGCUUGUGAUGGAGUCGACAGGAAGAGGUCCUCAAUCCCCCCACAGCUCUUCUGUAGCUAGCUAGUAAAGAUGCAAUCGCCGCCUGCUUCCCUUUUAACCACCCCAUGGUGGUUUGGUUGCUUGCUUUAGUAGCCAUCUUAUGUUGUGCGCUGUAUCACUUUGUCCACAUUUCAGCUUCCCCUCGCUAUCUCUUAGCCUUCCGCGUUCCAUAUCACCGCUCCUGACUUCUCUGCUUCUUCUUUCAACUCAGCAUUUAUGUUGUUGCAUCCCUGCGUCUGUAGGGAGAUCAGGAAGGAAGGCGGAGGAGCAGCUGGGUUCCUAACCGGUGAUGAUGCUUGUUCUGAAUGUAUUUAUUGCUCCGGGCGGGUGGUGAGUGGCAGAAUUUAAGACAGAAGCCUGAACUAUGCUUCGAUCGUGAAGAGGAGAAGCAGAGGAGGAGCGGUCAGAGGUCGUUCGAUCUGCUGCCUGGAGGAGCAGAGCAGCGGGAGUGGUCAAAUUCACAUCUGUUGCUGCUGCAUUGCCUGCUGCUCCGAUGGAGCAGCUACGAGGAGAACCCAUUAAUGAUGCCCUUUUGGUUAGAGAGGAGCCGAGCGCAGGGUGCUUGGAAGCAGGAGCAGCGAGCGCCACCUUCUCUGAACAUCCUGAAAUGAUCUAUGGGAACCUGUUCUCUCACCAAAUGCCUUUCCUUCAACUACUCCAAGGAGCCAUGCAAGCAGGGGAAGAGGAAGUCGAGCUCCAUUUGCAACAGUAUCAGUAUCAGCACGAAAGUUUCUUCACUUCUUGCACGCAAGAAUCCAACUUCCAGCUCCUCCUGCGGCUACAGGGCCAGAACUGCUUCAAGCAACUGCGGACGGCCGAGACGGACACGUCCCGCGUGGUGGAGCAGCUGGAAAGCUGCAUUACCCACGCGUCCGAGUCGGAGACGAGAGGCGUGGUCCACCAUAAAACGCCGGCGACCGUUGCCACGACCGGGCCAACGAGAUCCGCGGCGGGAGUCGGGCCGAACGAGCGGCGGAAGAGGAAGAGGCCGCGGCAGGCUUCGACGUCGAAGAGUGCGCAGGAGGUGGAGAGCCAAAGGAUGACCCAUAUUGCCGUGGAGCGCAACCGCCGGCGCCUCAUGAACGACCACCUCGCUACCCUCCGCUCCCUCAUGCCGUCUUCCUAUGUCCACCGCGGAGACCAGGCGUCCAUCAUCGGUGGUGCCAUCGACUUCGUCAAGGAGCUCGAACAGCGCCUCCUCUCCCUUCGAACCCAGAAGCGGCUGCUGGAGUCGGCCGCCGUCCGAUUGAGGCCCAACGACGACGAACCGCGCCACACGUCCGUGCUGCACGACGGGUUCUUCAUCUCGCCGCAGUACACAGGCUAUUCGCGGUCGCAGCAGCGACGGCGAUACGCUAACGGAGAAGAAGCACAACAGGAGGAUGGAACAGGGGUGGAUGUGGAAGCGACGGUGGUGCAGGGGCAUGUGAAUUUGAAGGUGGCCACGCGGCGGCGGAGGGGGCAGCUGGCGCGGGCCAUCGCGGCCAUGGAGGAGCUCCGUCUCUCUGUGCUUCAUCUCAACGUCGCCUCCCUCGAACCCUCCUCCAUCCUGUACUCCCUCAGCCUGAAGGUCGGUUCACCAUCUGCUCCCCGCUUCGUCUGCCAUGUUAGACGUCGCGAACGCGAGCUGAUGACUUCACUGUUUCUUCGGAGUGCAGAUGGAGGAAGCGUGCAAGUUGGGGUCAGCGGAUGAGGUUGCGACGGCGGUGCACCAGAUCUUCAGCUACAUCAACGCCUGCUGUUGACACGACGCUGAAGUUGUCAGGACGUACGAGACGCAAGAGAAAGGGAAAGGAAAGGGUCGAAGAGAUGCUUGACUGGACCACGUCUACAAUUCUUGAACUAUGAGGAAGAGCGCAGCAGCAGCAGCAGUAGCAGUAGGAGCAGCUUUCCUUUCUUCUAAUAUAUGCAGUGAUGGGAGCUUGUACUCUUUGGGUUGCGGUUUUGCCAGCUUUUUCGCUGUUCGUUUUCAAUUAUUUUUUUGUCUUCGGGAAGAGAUGCUGACAUUUGGGCUCGCAAAGCGUUUCGAGUUUUCCUAAUCAUGA